UGAUGGACGGCGCAGGCGCAGCGGGCCACUGAGCGCGGUAUUCUCACGCAUGCGCAGUAUUCACUGUUACCGGGACCGAAGCACACGUGCGCGACAACCACCUGCGUCGACUCGACGUUGACAUACGUUGCUGUUUAGUGCUACAAGUGAUCUACGAGCCGGCAAGAUGCGCCCAACGUUGGCGUUGAUCUUCAUCUGCCUCUUCUCAGCAUGCAUAGCUGAAGAGACUACUACCGACGGGUACAAUGACAAGUAUAACACUAUUGAGCCGAAACCAUCAGUUAGACUGGAUCCAUACAUAAGGAAAGCCUUACUUAAAGCUCUAAGUGAACUUGAGGAAAGUGAUAACUCAACAACGGGGACUGACUCUACUGACGGCACUACGAGUUUCGAUUCGGAUUCGUUUACUACAGGCGAAGACAUUCCUGAGGCUCAAACUGAUAAGGAAGGAAUACAGAUCCAUUCCUUCAUAGUCAAUGGACAAUCAGCGUUUGCGAAUAACACGAAUACACCAGCUUUCGUUGACAGCAAUAUUUCUAUUUUGAGCACUACAAUAGGAAAUGUCGAAAGUCAAGUAACUGCUACGCUUCCAACAUCAGCACCAUUCCCUGAAUUAUUCCAAACUAAAGAGACUACAACAAAUAUUCAACAAACAAGAAGCAUACCAAGCGCUUCCAAGACUAGCACAGAUAACAGCGCCUCUGUAAAGAAGCCUACCUUUAAACCUCUACUUUCUACAACCACAACGACAACGACGACUACCACUACGACUACAACACCUAAACCAACGCACAAUGACGAUGGAGAGAAUAUUGAAGAAGUAGAUAAACGGGACGUGCAAGUUUACCAGGCUCCGCUUGUUGCAGCAUUUACGGUUCAUCAAGAUUCUCAAGGAUUACCCAAACAAGUUAUACCUCUUUACCAACAACAUAACUCCCAAAACUUUGCUAAACAAAUGACUGGAGUAAACUUGGCAUCUGGAGUAUUGCAAUCUCAGUCACUUGGACAAAUAAUUCCAAGUGUAACUUUGAAUCAAAUACCCCAGUCAGAUUUCAUUAAUCAGCAGUUAGUCUUACAGAAACAGCUGGAAGAAAAACAAAGGAUACUUGAAGAACAACUUCGUCUCUUGCAACUUCAACAAAGGCAGCAAGAAGAAUUGUUGCGAAAACAACAAUAUCUUUUACAACAGAAAGACGCACAACGACAGGUUCUUCUUUCAAAUUCUCAAAAGUUCCAAGCGCAAGGUUCCGUAAACAAUUUCCAGGUACAGAAAAAUAUUCCACAAAACCAAUUCCUCAAUCAUAACGCACCUCAACGCCCCAAUCACGGACAAGUAUCGAUUCAGCCAAGCGUUCCUAUUGAAACAAGUAGCCCAGUAACAAGUCAACAGCAAUUACCUAACCGCGAGGCUGUAGAUUUUCUUAUUCACUUACACAGCCAGCAGCCCGAUCAGUUUCCCUUACAAGAAAAUCAUUUGCCGCAAGGAAUAAGUAACUUCCUCCAACCCAAUCCCUCGCAAAACUUCCACCAAGGAAUUAACUUCAACCAAGUAAGAGCUGUUGCAGACCAAUUCGGACAACAAAAACAAAAUCACCGUGUGUUCCGUCACGACAGCGGUGUCGGCAACUUUGGCAUAAAUCAGAACUACAAUGCUUUCAAUACAUUUCCCGUUCCCCUUCACUCAAACCGCUUUUUUCCAGUAAAUGCUCAGAAUCAAUAUAAUGUAGAUGCUGAACUGAAACAACUGCUAGUACAAAAUGGGCUGAAUGGCAGAAAUCAAGAAGACUUAAACAUUGUUUCCAAAGUUUUAUCUCUGAAUCAUGGAGUAUCAUUAAAUAACAAUAUUUCGAACCGAUUACCUUUCGACAGCCGAAGACAUGUACGACCGCUUAUAUAAGUUUACUUGUAAUUAGUUACGAUGAUUAGAGAAAACACUUAUCGAUUGGUUAAUUCAUAGAGAUUUAAUUUCAAAUCUGACGAAUUAGUAUUUAGAUUUAUUUUAAGGAAAAGUAUUGUUAAGUAUUAACAAACGAACAGCGGUAUCACUGUACUUUCAAAAGGAAUUUUAAAGCUGUUUACGAAUCUACAAAACGUGCAUAUAGAAUAUCAAAAUAACCAAAGAAAUGUUCAAAAAUCUAUUCUUACAAAAUGCAACACGCCACUGUUCGUCUUAUACAAAAUUUUACGAUAAUUGUAGAUUAAAAAUUAUUUAUUUUAUUUUAAUCUUUAGAAACUGCCAUAAGUAGUAUAAAUAAGACAACGAUCUUAAGAGGGUAAUGCUGCUUGCCUAAGAUGAGUUAUUUAGAGAUGGCACCAGAUAUGGCUAUGACAGUAAAGCGCUAAUAAAAAGAGGCUUAACUAUUAUUAGUGCCAUCAUUAAAUAAUGAACCUGACCAUCGCUUAAUGUAAAAUAGCUGCCUCAUUAAAUGUUAACUUUUACGACAAGCCACAUUCCAACACCCAAUUUAGUUUAACAUGCAAUUAAUAAAAUGCAAACCUAUACGUUGUAUUUAACUAAUGUUAUGUUUCAAUUAUAUUACCAACAAUAUAAAAAUAUUUUUAGGAGAAUAAGAAGCUCUUAUUUAUUAAACACUGUUUUAAAAUUUAGCGAACUAGCGUAUGAUUUGAGACGGGAAUAGCAUUUCAGCCUUAGUAAGUUUCGUUUUAAAAUUAUCUACACAAAAUUUGCAUUUUACGAGAUACUAUCUGUGAACGAUAAUUUGAAGAAUACCAGCUCACUUUGAUUGCUAUAGUUCUUAUAGUAAUAAUUGAAAGUGUUUUCAUAAUUUACAUCUUAAUGAGGGCUUUUUUUCUUUUUACAAACGCUUUGUAAAAUUAAGCUACCUGGGUAGCUGGAACGGAAUUGAGGUGAAAGUGGUAAAGAAGACAAAUUCGUAUAUACGUAUUGAUAAAUAGACAGUAGAUGACUAUACCAGUUACGCAAUAUGUUUAAAUACCAUAAAAAUAAUGCAUACUAACCCCACAAGCACUUAAAAUGUUAUUUACGUGUUAAGUAGGUACUCUUAAGUUUAGAUUAAGGAAUAAAGUACGGACUGAAGGCUAACUAAGUUUAAGCUGACUAACAACUGAGCUUUUAAAUAAAUACCAGUACAUAAAGCCAGACAAAUGGAACAUCGUGAAAUAAUAAAUUAUCACAAUUUACUGGCGUAGGUACAAAUUAGCGCUGUCGUACUUUAGUUGGUAGAGCUAAUUUCGUUCAGGUUAGUGUGAAUGGGAUAGAAUGAAAGGAUCAUUAUGAACUUGGUCAGAUUGGAUUGGUCAGUAAG